UGACGAUGAUACCCCCCCCCCCCCCCUCCUCCCACACGCACACUGAGCUCAGAGGAGAGGCAGCAAACAGGACGCUGUCAUGACGCGAUGCUUCAGGCUGGAAAACAGACCGUCGCCUCAGGACCACAUGGCUGUGUUCCGCUUGAAGCCCCCCAUGAAUCAAACCAGCCGGGUCUGAUGCCCCCCCUCAAUGAGACCUGAAGAGGAUCAGACGGCUGCUGCCACACUUUAUUUCUUCCUGCUCUGUGCCCUUUGAAGAGACUUGUUUGCAGCUUUCUGGGGGGGAGGGGGGACUCUACUGAUAUGUCAGACUGGGGGGGGAGUUGAAGCCGGACCUCCUUGCAGCAAGUCGGAUGAUCAACUAAAACCCUCUAAAAGAAACCACCCGCUGUGAAAGGAGAACCUCGCCUCUCAGCGUCCGGCCCCCGGCUGCAGGUCGGGAUAAGGGCCGUGUUCUGAGACCCCCCCCCAACCCCUCACCAGGCAGCCGCCCGCCGAUGGAGGCCCACCAACACUCCCCAGAGAGCAGCAGUGAGGAGUGCACCGUCCUGGAGGCGCCACCCGGCAAGAACGCCUGCCCCCGGCACGCAGGGAAGGGGUCCGAGCUGUUCUGUCAGGCCUGCCAGGUUGCGCUGUGCGAGGACUGCGUGCCGGAGCACGAGGAGCACCCUAAGGUGCCGCUUAGCCGGGCCCUGGAGCAGCACCGCAGCAGCCUGCAGGAGAGGCUGCAGGGGGUCCAGAACAGACUCCCUCAGAUUUCCGACGCCCUGUCCUUCGUUAAAGAGAUCCACCAACAGCUGAGCAAUCAGAGAGCUUCCAUCGAAGAGGACAUCCAGUCGAGCUUCGAGGACCUGCACAAGCAGCUGGAUGUCCGGAAGAGCGUUCUGCUGAUGGAGCUGGAGGUCACGCACGGCCUCAAACAGAAGGUCCUCCAGGCUCAAGUGGAGAGCCUGGUCCGCGGAGAGGGGGACCUCGAGGCCUCCUGUUCCCAGGCGGAGGAGGCUCUGGCCGGGGAGGCGUGCGUGACGAGCCUGCAGGCGGAGAAGGAGCUGCAGGAGAAGCUGGGCGAGCUGGCCGGACUCGGCCUGCCGUGUCAGCCGGAGGAGAAUGACCAGCUGGAUCUGCUGCUGGAGACGGACGGGUUGAGGAAGUCGAUACACAACCUGGGCACCAUCGUCACCACCAGUGCGGUGGCGUGCCAGAGCGAAGCCAUGGGUGCUGGCCUGGAGCAGUGCAUUGUGGGACACCCUGCCUCGGUUACCAUAGUGACAAGAGACAAGUCAGGGGGAGCCUGCAAGACUGGCAACGCGAUCCUCUCAGCUGAGGUCUUCACCCCGGAUGGAAGCAUAGUGGACGGUGAAAUAGUGGACCACAAGAAUGGAACUUAUGAGUUUGUGUACACGGUGCCGAAGGAGGGCGACUUCUCGCUGGCUCUCCGUCUGUACGAUCAACACAUCAAGGGAAGCCCCUUCAAACUGACUAUCAACAGGGUCUUGGAAGCAGAAGUCGAGGUGUCCCCCUCCACCACCACGGCAACCAACUCGGCGGCCUACGCCACCCCGUCCACCGGCUCCUCUGAGGGGGCGAAGAGAAGAGGGAAGUCCCCCGGCCAGAAGAAAAAGGGCUCCAAGAGGGCCAGCAGCGCCUUGGGGACCCCGCGACGCAAGACCCAGAACCCCAUCGAGGACGACCUCAUCUUCCGAAUUGGAACGAAGGGAAGGAACAAAGGAGAGUUCACCAACCUUCAGGGAGUGGCGGCCUCCUCCACGGGCAGGAUCCUGAUAGCUGACAGCAACAAUCAGUGUGUUCAGAUUUUCUUAAACGAGGGGGAGUUCAAGAGCCGCUUUGGCGUGCGGGGGCGGUCGCCAGGGCAACUGCAGCGUCCCACAGGUGUGGCCGUGCACCCGAGCGGGGACAUCAUCAUCGCCGACUACGACAACAAGUGGGUCAGCAUCUUCAACAGCGAGGGGAAGUACAAGGCGAAGCUCGGCUCCGGUAGGCUCAUGGGGCCAAAGGGCGUGUCCGUGGACCAGAACGGUCAUGUGAUCGUGGUUGACAACAAAGCGUGCACCGUCUUCAUCUUCCAGCUGACUGGCAAGCUGGUCACCAAGUUUGGUAGUCGAGGCAACGGGGACAAACAGUUUGCAGGUCCACACUUUGCAGCAGUGAACAACAACAAUGAGAUCAUCGUGACUGACUUCCAUAACCACUCUGUCAAGGUUUUCACCCUUGAGGGAGAACUGGUGUUGAAAUUUGGCUCUAACGGGGAAGGAAACGGACAGUUCAACGCUCCCACCGGAGUAGCUGUGGACGUCAAUGGAAACAUCAUCGUAGCUGACUGGGGCAACAGUAGAAUACAGGUGUUUGACGGCAGUGGCUCCUUCCUCUCCUACAUCAACACGUCGGCGGACCCCCUGUACGGACCCCAGGGCCUGGCUCUGACCUCCGAUGGACACGUGGUGGUGGCCGACUCCGGCAACCACUGCUUCAAAGUCUACCGCUACCUGCAGUGAUGGAGGCCUGGACGGAGAGGGGAGGAAGGGAAGAAGGGAGGAGGCAGGGUUUGGAGAAGAGAGAUAUGAUGGAAUUACACCUCGACUUGGAAGCACGGGUGGAGAAGGAAGCGGGGGUUGGGGUGGAAAGGAGAAGAUUUAGCCAUAAUUACAUCAUUAGACCACAAUGAAUCUUUUGGAAAAAACAUCAUAAGUGUAUUUGUCUAAAAAUGAAACAUGAUGACGGAGAACGGUGGAACCAAGAUGGUGCUUUGAACUAAAGGAGGACGAGCAGAUCCUCGGAUGAGGACAGAACAAUGGAUUUAUUUUGACCUCAAAACUGAGACAUAUCACAGAGUGACCAAUGAGUGACGCAACCUCUGAUUCUAGAUGUCUGUCAGAAGGUCUCUUUCUCCCCCCUUGGCGUUAUUUGAAAUCAGAGGAGUUGAAGGGAAAGAAAAGCUUUCAAGAAUAAGUGAAGAGCAACCACAGCUUCCCAAACGCACAGCCGAGUGAAUGGUGGAUGAAGACAUCAAGAAGGUAUAAGACGGGAGUGUAUGAAUUAAGAUUUUGGGGACUUUACAUGGGCGACUAAAGUUUUAUAAUGUUCUGCUUUCUUAUGUUGGAUGUAACAUGUAUGUAAAUCCUGGUCAGUGAGCUAAAAGAGGUCCUUGUCUUCACUACCACACAUUUGCUGCAUGGCUUUUUGACCAUAACACUAAGUUUGUGCACAAGGUGAGGAUUGGUGAUGGCACCCAUCAUGGCAGUUCCCAGCAGGGAGUCUAUGAGCGAGUUCAUCUGUAAAUGAAACUGGUUCAGCGGAGAAUCGCCCCAAGAGGAAAUCACAUUAUUCGUUAUAAGACUAAGACACGGGCCACUUUCAGCCUAUUGUCCAUUGUUUGUACAUUGUCUGAUUAAGGAAUGUUUCUUUAGUUUCUUGCCGUAUGCUCGUAUACUCAAACUCAACGUACAACAUUUUGAUUGGCUGGUUGACACUGACUAGCAGCAUGAUGUUAUCUAUGCUCGGUUCAAUAUUUCUUCUUGAGUAAUUGAAUGCAGCGAGGGGAAAAAAAUUCUUUAAAUCUACAUGUGUGAGAGUACCUUUACUAAUACUAUUGUAGAAUGUUGGAUUCAGGGACAAAGGGACAACAAUGUAGAAUGUUUUUCAUUGAGUUUUCCACAUUGGCCUGUGAGGGAACGUUUCACAAAGCGGUGCACACACACAUCGAAGGGGUUUUACAGGAAGGCAGAGUACUGCAGCGAUGGACUCGGGACAGACGUGGCAUCACAAAGCAUUAGGUUAUUACUUCUAUUCAUUUAUUGAUCUUUUUAGUCAUUUUGAUCCUCAUAACUUUGAUUGUGUCCCAUCGCGUGCAUUGAAUUUCUUAAGUGCCCAUUACAGUUCUUCUUUUUGUACAUUCUGUCCGUUGCGUUGGAUUGAAAUAUGAUUGUUAGUGCUUGAUACGUUUUAUACUGACUGUUUUGAGUGGACAAAUCAAACAUUUCAAGUUUUGUUUCAUCAUUUUCUUGUCAAAUGAAAGUUGCUAUGCUGUGGGGGCAAAAUAAUCCAGCUAGCCAGUUAGCCUGUUAGCCAGUUAGCAGGUACAGCUCGUUAGCAUUAGCAUUUAAACACAACCAAAGGAGGAGGAGGACCGGGCCUGCAGACAUGGAGCCAUCCGGGCCACACUUUGUUCAAAUACUGCAGUUACGGGCAAACUCUUGUUAGCUGCUCGUAGUCGUCGGUUUCGAUGCUGGAUGCUAACAACGCUCAGUAUAAUAAGUGCAUGUUCAAUGAAAAAAUAAUAAACUACAAUGAAAGCUG